GGAUCCCCAAAGACGAAAGUUGGACGACGUCGUGUUGUUUUUUUCCCAGCUGCAUGUUUUUCACUCACAAAUAUUAAGAAAACUUUGAAUAUUUGUACAGAAACCAAGUAUUUUCAAUAAAUGUCGUCCGAUUAUUACAAAGACAUCAAGCACAGUGACAGAAAAAGAUGGAUUUGCAUCUAUCCCGCGUAUCUAAACAGCAAAAAAACGAGGGCUGAGGGUCGGAAAGUGCCUUUGGCUAAGGCUGUUGACACGCCAACUGUCCAAGAGAUGCGAGACGUUUUGCAAGCUUCAAAUGUGACGAUUGGCAUUGAGAGGAGCUUCUACAGCAGGGAACGUAGCAAGGAGCCUCAGUAUUUUGGUCGUGUCAGGGUGCAUCUAAAAAAUGACGAUGGAACUCCUCUCAACCCAGAAUUCCCCACAAGAGACUCAGUUCUGCUCCACCUGGGCGAAAUGAUUCCAAAACUGAAGACAAGAACGCAGCAAAAGCAGAACACUGAGCAGCAGGCAUCCCAAUCAGCGGCCGCCUCGUCAUCGAAGAAAAAGGGCAAAGGUCGUCGCUAAAUCUCAAAAGCGCUCUAUUCCGUGUUAAGUUUUCCUUUUUAUUUUCUGGUAAGCCCAAUACAUUUCUCACAAGAAAAAUUUAAAA